AAUCUUGAUGAUGAAAAUGGUACUGCAUAAUAGAUGCUAAAAACAUACGCUUGACCGGUGCUGCUUGUGUGCUUGUUCAGGGCGGACCUGGUACCUCUUUUGUGAAGCGGCAGCUGAGGAGACUCCAGUGCUCACCAUGGCUGAUGAAAAGCCCAAGGAAAGAAUCAAGAUGGAGAACAAUGACUGUAUUAAUUUGAAGGUGGCAGGGCAGGAUGGUUCCAUGGUGCAGUUUAAUAUUAAGAGGCAUGCACCAUUUGGUGAACUAAUGAAAGCCUACUGUGAAGGACAGGGUUUGUCAGUGAGGCAGAUCAGGUCCCAAUUUGAUGGGCAGCCAAUCAAUGAAACAGACACACCUGCACAGUUGGAAGUGGAGGAUGAAGAUGCAAUUGAUGUGUUCCAACAGCAGACAGGAGGUGUCUACUAAAGAGAAAACCUGCUACUUUAC